AUGUCAAACUUAUCCCAUAGCAGCUAGUCAUCAAGAAGUUCUUCUUAAAAGAGAAACACUAAAAGACCUUAAAGAGAGAAGAGGAAGAAAAACAAUUCAGAAGACUACGAUAGUCCAAUAGACGAUGAUGACUUAUCAUAAUAUGAUGGCAUGAGAGUGAAGAAUAAAUAGCAACCCAUCUUGGGACCCAAGGGAUUCAACAAACGAGAAGCCAAACUCAGAAAACCCAUCUCUACUUAGACUCCUGCUACUGCAACAUUUUUAUAUAAGCCUGGCGCUGAACUACCGAAUCUAUCAAACUACAUUAAUUCAAUAAUCGAUAUUAAGAUAGCCUGUGAAUAUGUUAAUAAAAAUAAUCCUGCACUUAUAUUACGUCAAAUAUGGGGUUCCAAUGGAGCUUAUGCUAGUCAUAGCGAUGCAGUUUGUAUUGGAAUCCAUGCUGGAUUAUUAGCUUUAGGAGACUUGAAAUUAACAAGUGCUUUUUAUUAGGGAGUGAGUUUAUCUUGUAAAGUUAUUAAAGGGAAGAAAUCAUUAAAUGGAUAAAUGAAAGUGCCUUUGUUGUCUAGAUCCUUGAAGACUCCUUGUGCUCAUUGUUUGAAGCCAGAAAAGGUCACUUGGUUACCUCAAUUGGGUUCACCUGAAUAAUUAAUAAGUUGGGCUAAGAAAAUGUCUUUGCCUUAAAAUAGAAGAUUAACUAAGAGAAGUCAUUCAACUGUAUAUUUGCAUGAACCUCCUCAGAUUUCAUAUCCUGAAAAUCUAUUAGUUAAUAAUUUGCCUCCAUUAAAUGAAGGUUGGAUUGUGUGGGAUAUGUGCAAUGAGCCAAGCUAAAAAUACAAUUUACUUACUUUCAUGGAUAGAUAAACAGCCCAAGGACUGCCCAGCAGAACUUCGUAUAAAUUAAAAACCCAUUGUUUAUAUAUUGAAACACAUAACAAAAAAUAUGAAAUAUCUAUGGAUUCUUUCAAAAUUGCUGAAGAAGUAUUUCUAGACUCUCAUGUAUUCACAAUACAAGAAGUUUUGUAUCCUCAACAAUCAGACAUUGAGAUGCUCUAAAAAUUUGGAGUUCCUCUGCCAAAAGAAUAGAAGAAGGUGAUUUUUGAGAAAUUGAAAUGGGAUAUGUUUGAAUGGGGUAAUGACAAUGUGAUCAUCAAUGGGUCUUUCGAAAUACAAGGUUUAAAAAGCUUUAAGUUUGUGCCUAUAACGAAGCAUUAACAUUACGAUAAAUGA